UUCAAUUUCUUUUCUCAAUAAUAAUAAUAAUAAUAAAAUUAAUUAAAAUUAAAAAUAGGUUUACAGUUUACAAAAAUAAAUAAAUAAAAAAUAGUUAACCCACCCACCACCGUCCACUAAAACAAAAAAACCGCUAUUUCUUGAUUUCUUCCUCUCAUUCACACACAUAUCAUCAAUAUCAUCUCUCACAUUUUCUCUCUCUUCGAUUCCGAAACCAGAUUCUCCAAUGGCAACCGCACCAACACCACGCGAAGAGUUCGUCUACAUGGCGAAACUCGCUGAACAAGCCGAACGUUACGAAGAGAUGGUAGAGUUCAUGGAAAAAGUUACCGUCGCCGUUGAAAGCGAAGAACUCACCGUCGAAGAGAGGAACCUCCUCUCCGUCGCUUACAAAAACGUGAUCGGAGCAAGACGCGCUUCAUGGAGGAUCAUCUCUUCCAUCGAACAGAAGGAAGAAAGCAGAGGCAACGAUGAACACGUGUCUGUUAUCCGUGAUUACAGAUCUAAGAUCGAAACUGAACUUUCCAAUAUCUGUAACGGUAUUCUGAAACUUCUCGAUUCUCGCUUGAUUCCUUCUGCUGCUUCUGGUGACUCUAAGGUUUUCUACCUUAAGAUGAAAGGUGAUUAUCAUAGGUAUCUUGCUGAGUUUAAAAGUGGCGCUGAGCGUAAAGAUGCCGCUGAAAGCACUCUUACUGCUUAUAAAUCUGCUCAGGAUAUUGCAAAUUCUGAACUGCCACCAACUCACCCCAUCAGGCUUGGUCUUGCUCUGAACUUCUCGGUGUUCUACUAUGAGAUUCUUAACUCUCCUGACCGUGCUUGCGGCCUUGCAAAACAGGCUUUUGAUGAGGCUAUUGCUGAAUUGGAUACAUUGGGAGAGGAGUCAUACAAGGAUAGCACUUUGAUCAUGCAACUUCUCCGUGACAACCUCACCCUUUGGACCUCUGACAUGCAGGAUGAUGGUGCAGAUGAAAUCAAAGAAGCUGCACCUAAAGGGGCCGAUGAGCAGUAAACUUACCGUACUGCUAGUUAGUUAUUAAACUUCUCCUCUAUCAUGUUUUAAAGGGAGAAGGUGCUGAUUGAUAAUGUUGAUGCUACAGAGAUUUUAGGCAUUCAUGGUCUAUUUUAUGAUAUAUGGAUGCACUGGGCUUUUUUAGUUUGUCCUUUCAUUUGUGUACGUGUUUCUGAAUUGCAUGUUCUCUUAAUAUCACUGAAAUUUCUAUCA